AAUCAUUCCAAUAACAGUCUUAAAAUUAGUCUCAUUAUCUAGAUAUAUGUGCCUUUCUGUUUUUAUUAUAUCUUGGCUAGCAUAUCAUUUUGUAUGCCUGAUUUCCUGUGUUUAUUACUACCUUUUCAUCAUCCAAGUUUCUUAUUUUAUACUGGCUUAUCAAAUAACUUAGAUUCUCUAUGGUUUGUAAAAGUCAAUAAAGUAAAAAAAUGAUUCAGCCAUGAAUAUUUACAGCUCCUUGCAUACUGUUUCGAAUGCUUUUUAAAUUAAAUAAACAAGUAUGGUAACAGUAACACUCACUUGAAAGUAAUCGAAUCAAAAGCAACGUUGAUUUAUUUUUCUACAUAUAAAUAAUUGUAAUCUUCAAUUAGUUAUAUCAUUCAUUUGCUCCACAAAAAUGAUGGAAACCGAGAACACAAAUAUCAUAGAAGUAAUUAAAAAAAUAGAUAGUAAUUUAAAUCGUGAUAGACUAAUGUCAACUACUAAAAAAAGAAUUUACAAGAUAGCUGUUAUCCGGAAAUUUUAGUAAAUUAUUCAAUGAACUAAUGAUAAUGUAGAGAUCUUUCGAUGAAAUCAUGUAAUCAGAUUUAACCGUAAAUGAAAUUAUUAUCAGAGUCAAAUAUUUCCACAUAUUCAGACAAGAAAUCUAAAAGGGUAUUUAGUUAUCAUUAUAGCAUUCCUUGAAUUUAAGUAACUAUUGAAAGAUAGUCUUAUAACAAAUAAAAAAAUAAAUAACAUGUUUUAACAUUUUGUCACCUUGAUUUUUUCCCAUUUCUUACAGAAUACCAUCUCAACUAAGGCUUAUGUUAUUUUUCUUAAAGCUUUAAAUUAUUAUCCUACUAUCUCAAUAGUUCAGAUCAUGAUUCAUUUGAAGCUAGACCACCAUGGAAGACCUAGAAGCACUGGACGACUGUUUCGUCCUAUUGUGGGACUCCUCAGAAGUGCGCGUUCACGACCCCGCCUCGAGGGAUUCAAACCUAGGACCUAUCAGUCUCGCAUCAGGCGCUUAAACAACUAGACCACUGAGCCGGCAUUCAAUGGUGUUAAUGUAUAACUUCGACUAAUCCACGAAGUUGAGUGAUACAUCCACCAUUGUCAUCAGUGAGUAUUAUCUCACAACUGACCCGGUUAAACUCCACUGGUCACUGCUUCUCACUAGAACUCCAGGAAAUACCUCUUGAAGCCAGUGACUAGUGAGCAUAUGUUGAUUAGUAUCAGAGGAGGUUUUGUGGAGAUUAUAGUAAUUCCAAUAGUUGAGAUCAUGAGUCAAUCGAAUCCUACUAUCUGUUAAGAUAAAAUUGUUCAUUUAAACGUUGUUAUUCUUAAAUUUUGAUGAUAUACUACUAAUAUUAUUUAUAGGAUAUAAUGCAAAAGAAUGUCAAUAUUUUACAAACACCUAAUGAACAAUUAACAAAAAAUGAAACAAUGAUAAAUGAAUAUAUUUCAAAUUGUUUAAAUAAGGAUAAUUCUAUAUUUCAAAUGUUAUGUAAAUGUAUUGCAUUUAGUAGAAUGAUUUAUGAAAUAAAUGAUUGGCAUCAUGCUCAAUAUCAAUGUUGUUUUGGUUAUUUUUAUAUUAAUUGGAAAGGCGAAAAAUAUGCUUUACAAGCUGAAAGCCAUGCUGAAAACUCCAUGAAAUUAAUAUCAUAUUAUUUAAAUUCUACUAGUCAGCAAAUGAAUCAACAGAAUUCUGAUGAUUGUGCUAAUUUACUUAUUCUGUGUAUAGUUUUACUGAAUUAUUAUACAUUAGCAAAAUCAAAAAUAAUUUUAAAAAAGAAAAAAGAUGCGUUCAGUUCAAUCAGACAAGCUGAAAAGGCAUUAAAUAAAGUUGAACAGCUGAUUGAUUCAAUUAAAAAAUCUAAUAAUAGUUUAGAAAAUAUUGAUAAUUAUGAAGAUAAUUCGAAACAAUUUGAUAGAUACGUGGAAAAUUAUUAUCAACAAUGGAAUCAUUGUACUUUAAUGAGAUUAGAUAAAAACUUUUAUCCAAAUUUACAAAAUUUAAAAGUUUGUAUUUAUUGUUUGUAUGGAAAAAUUGCAUUUGAAUGUGAGAAAUAUGUUGUAUCUUUUGAUCAAUAUAUGCAAGCAUUGAAAUUCAUCGAGAAGACAUAUGGUCCAGAGAGUAAAGAAAUGAUAUCAGUUUAUCACGCACUUGGUCAUAUUGAAGAAUAUCAAAGUAAUGAGGAUGAUAUGAAAAGAUCUAUAGACUAUUUUAAGAAUGCCCAUGAAAUUUCUAAUAAAAUUUACCACAAAGAAGAAAGUUUCAGUUCCAUGGUUGACCUUAUUCGUUCAGUUUAUCUAUUGUGUACAGUUUACAUGAAACUCAAUUUAAAUUUGGAUGAUACUGAACAUCUCCUUGGUGAAAUGUUACAAAUGUUAAAUACCUAUAGUGAAAAAAACAAUCAAAACUCCAUUGAAUAUCAUGUCGAUAAUAAUUCAGAUGAAUCUGUUGAUCUAAUGAGAAUAAAAACUAAUUCACUAGAUAACGAUAAUGAUCAUAUCAAAUGUGUAACAGAUCAGUGUUUGGAUUCAAUUUAUGAAUACUCUAAUGAAUAUCUUGUAAAUUUAAUUUGUUCAUUACGCUCACUAUUAAUAAAAAUUUAUAUAAAAUCAAGUCGUUUCCAAGAAGCUUUAAAAUUAUUAGAAGAAAAUUUAAAUAUUCAAGAAGAUACAUUUGGAAUGUAUAGUACCCAAGUAAUAAAGACAUAUAAAUUAAUCUUGUCAAUUAACAUGGUUCAAGAAAAUUUUGCUGAAGCAAUUAAUCAAGCUGAAAUGUGUCUUGACCUUGAACAAUUCACAUUCGGUGCUAAUUCAAAACAAGCAAAGAAAACUGAAGAUAUUUUGAAGGCAUUAUCAAGUUACAAGAAAACUGGAAAUAAAGUCAAUUAAGUUCAAUGAAACUGAUGUAUCUGAAAAUGAGUAAUUAUUUCUCAAUAGUCAGCUUAUCUGAAGAAGCGGCUUACACUAAGUCACGAAACGUCAGAAAAUCUAAUUUUUCUACUUAUUGGGAUAUUACAAAUAUAUUAAUAUAUUUAUAACAAUCUACCUAAUACUCAAUUUAUUCGAAAUUAUCAAGUCAAACCUUGGCCAAAGAAAAAGAGGAAGAUCGAAGAACACAUUACUCCGGGAAAUGGAGAUAGACAUGAGAAAAAUGAACGAGAAUUGGAUGGAACUAGAAAAGAAGGCCCAGGACAGAGUAGGUUGGAGAAUGCUGAUCGGUGGCCUAUGUUCCAUUAGGAGUAACAGGAGUAAGUAACAUUCAGCCUUGAGAAGAUUUGUAGCUCAGGUGGAACUUCAGAUACCUGAAGUUUGUGCUGAUGAUGUCGUUCAGAAGAACAACGAAAGCUCCACGAUUAAACCAUCCAGCUCAAAGAACAAAACUUCACCAAUAACAUUCAGCUUAAUAACAAUAUCAUGUUUCUAUCAGAAAUUAUCUAGUAUUACUUAUAAUGUUGAAGUAUUAUAAAUUAUAUUUCUUUAUCUUUUUUUCAAAGGUAACACUCUUCAAAAUGAACAUUUUGUUGUAUUUAUCAAAUUACAAUAAAAAUAUGAUGGGGCA